AUUAUUAUUAAAAUCCUCUCCAAAUCAAUAAAAUUAUCUUUAGAAACUUUGCAACUAACUGUCUCAUAUAUCAAAUUCAAAAUCCAAGAUGAAGAAAACAUCCCAAUGGAAAAUCAAAAACUAUCAUUCAAUGGCGAAACAUUGGAAAAUUAUAAAACUCUUGCUGAUUAUGAUAUCAAAGAUGGCUCCAUUCUACAUUUG